AUGAUAAAGAAAGACAGGUAUCUAUCGGUUACGAUAACGCGUAUCUUUAUGAAAUUUAUUGGCUUUUGGUACGUUGAAACUUGGCGGGAACAAAUGUUCCUUCACUUAGCCCUUUGCUAUGCUGUUCUAGCAAUUUGCUUUGCAAUUUGUGUAGAAGUCGUUGACCUCUAUCAUUGUAUAGGUGACUUUUACGCAUUAACUUAUAAUUUGUGUGCGACGAUGCUUUUGAUCAUGAUACUCGUGAAAUUUGGCAAUUUUAUAUAUUAUCGUAGUAUCGUUUUAAAGCUGAUACGUUACGCCGAGGAUAAUUUUUGGAAAAUAGAAUACGAUAAGAUCAGUGCAAAAAUAUUAGAGGAAUAUGACAAACGUGGUGUAUUCAUGACAUAUUCAUUUACCUUGAUCGUUCAAUUGGCAUCUUUUAAUUACAUCUUUGCACCUUUAUUCGAAAAUAUUGGAAGAAACGAGACGGACCGUGUGUUGCCUUUUAAAUUGUGGGUUAAUUUACCAAUUAAAAUGACACCUUAUUACGAGAUAACAUAUACCAUUCAGGCUGCUGAAGUGUUAGUAAGAAAAUGCAUAUUCGCCAUUUACUUCACCGGAAGCCUUUCCCAGCUCCUUAUAUACACUUGGACGUGCAACGAUAUAAUAGUGCAAAGUUCAGAACUCUCAGAAGCAGUGUAUAACUCUCGUUGGUAUCUUGUGCCAAACGAGGGAAAAGGGAAAGCGUUAAAAUACGGUGUAAGCAUGAUCAUGCUUAGGUCACGUCGGCCGUGUGUCUUGACGGCUGGUGGAUUCGCAAUAAUGUCCUUGGAAACCUUUACUGGGAUACUGAGCACGUCGAUGUCAUAUUUCACUUUAUUAAGACAAAUGAGCGAAGAGAAAUAAUAAUCUUAAGGUAUAAUGUAAAUUUAUAAGAUUGAUGAUUGAAAUAUCUGUGACGAAAAGGAAAUAAACAGGGAAAGGAAUAAUACUAAUUAUAAUAAUGAUAAUAAUAA